AUGAACUUCCAUCUCUUCCUCGUCGCUGCGUUUCUGGCGCUCUGCGCCACCGCCAGAGCCGCGCCAGAGUCGCUGCAGAACGAGCUGCAGGCCAAAUGGCAGCAGGAUCCUCGGUUCCACCAGCGAUACCACGACCAGACCCGGCGUCACCACGCGAAGCAUGCCAAACGUGGAGAAGCGGAACCUGUCAAGCAGGUCGUGUCAAAGGGCGAAGCAGAGGUGCAGCGUCUCUUCAACGGCUUGUCAAAGGGUCUCGACGGCGUGCAGCAAGCGGGAAGCCGACCGCUCGGAAAGCAGCUCGAAGAGCUGCCCGAGAGCUCCCGCGACGCCGAGCAGAGGUCGCUAGCCCGUCUCCGCCUGCGUCCGGAGAUCGAGGAGGACCGCACCCGCAUCGACUCGCAGGCCGACAUUCGCCCCAGCACACGCUCUUACAAGGCACACGGGCCUGGUCUCGAGCAUCUGUCUGCCGAAGAGUUCCCAGAGGAGUUCAUGGCGAUGAUUAGGAGCAUCGAGCAUCAGAAGCGCGAGCAGCUGGAUCUCAAGCAGAAGCACGAGGCCAUCAGCGACCUCAACCACUACCUCGAGCACGGAAAGCCUCCUGUCAAGUUCAACUGGGUCGUUAUCGUUGACCAGUCCUCUGCGCCUUCCCCCAUCUCUUCGUACAUCUGUAACACUGAGAAGAAAGCCACCGCUGCACUCGCCCUAACGAGCUCGCUUCUUGGUCUCAUUAACCUCUGGUUCUCGUGGAACAAUGCCGCCCUGCCCAUCAAGAACUUCGUCCAGCCCCCCGACGCGCCGGCGCUCCUCGACCCGCCUGCCAGAUGGGUGCGCGACACGUCGGGCAACCUGAUCCCGAGCGCCCUCAUCGAUUCACCUGGCACGUCGUCAAAGUUCACCAUCGCUCCGCAGCAGGCCGGCACGCUUGCGACACAAGAAACCGGCAGCGCGAGUCAGCAGCAGGUCAACAGUGCUGCGCCCCAGCAAGCCGUUGGAACUGCUGAGCGUCAGGCGGACACCGGGUCUGUACAGCAGAUGCCUUUGCUGUCGACCACGUCCGGUAUGCAAAAGAGGAGCGUCGAAGCCGACCCCGCCGAGGAGCAGCACGGAAAUGGGAAGACAGAAGCCGAUGACGGUCAAAGAGCCAUCAAGCUCGCCCGAGAGAUCGAUGCGGAGCCGGCUCAUCACACUGAAGGCCUGCAGCGUCGCUCAGUCUUGAGCAGAUAUGUCCUCGCACCUGUGCUUGGCCUGGUCCUCGGCGCCCAGUUCACCACUGGCUUUAACAGGCUCCAAAAGGACCAUGCCGAGAGGGUCGCGGAGCGAAAGCAGCAGCUGCACGACAUCCAGGCGCUCCAGGCCCAGCUCGACGCAAGCGGCAUCAAGUACGAAGGAGGCUCGCCUGCCAACCCCGCGAUCGGUAUCAGCGGCACGCUCAACCCGUCCAAGAGUGACGGCGCCGGUGCAAGCUACAGCGGCAGCUUGAGCCAUGGCGGUGCUCCGAACUAUGGGUACGCGGGGGCCGGCAGUACCGCAGCGACUUCGUACGACAUUGCCACACCAGCUGCCGUGGCCGGGGAAGGCGGUGCUCUUCUGCAAACCCGCUCCACUACGGACGCUCCCCAACCCAAGCCCGAGGCCGAGUCCGACAAGGCUUUUGCACGCACGUCGUCGUCCGAGCCGCGACAGCGGUCCAAUUCAACAGAGCUCGAGGGGUGCCACCAGGACGAGGCUCACGGAACGACGCAGGACGCCUCGUCGCAGCUCCAGAAGCGCGGAAUCCCUGGCAUGAACUUUUGGCACAUGAAGAAGACCUCGGUCAUUGCCGUGGGCAUGAUUCCGCUCAUGCUCGUCCCGGUCAUCCGUGACAUGUGGGAGAAGAACAGACAGAAGAAGCAUCCGACCCAGGAGCAGCUCUCGGCCAAGCAGGACGGCGAGUACGGCAACUUCUACGGCGCCGCCGGCGUGCCGAGCGGCCGUCCCGGAGAUCGUGCCGUCAUUGGACCUGCCGCGGACGGCACCUCGAGUUCGGCCGGGAACGAAGCCGUCACGCAGCCAGCUGCUGCGAUCUAUGCCUCGCCGUCUCAGCAGUACACUGGUGGUCUGCUCGGUGAGACGGGAGGAGGAGCAGGAGGAGGAGCCGCAGCAGCAGCAAACCGCCUCGACGGUGCCGGCGUCGGCGUUGGAGGCGCUCUCAGCGGAGCCAGUGCCGGCCGGCCGCUUGUCAAGCGCUUCUUUAGCAGCCCUGCGGCCAAGUUGAGCGACAGCGACCUGAUCAAGGCGGCCGCAAAGAAGUCGAACAACAAGCUCCUCGCACUCUAUGGCACCAUCGGCGUCGGACUGGGCGCCCUGACCUCGAUGAUGACGUUCCCUCGCGAUGCAAAUAAGCUGGACGACGAUUCCGCGGCCAUGAAGUACAAGCACGACCUCGAGCGGCAGCUGCGUGCCAAUGGUAUCCAGCCCAACACCAACUUCAAGCCACCGCAACAACAGCAACAGCAGCAGGUGGCGGGCGACCCUGCGGACGCGGGAGGUGAUGCCGGCCACCUCUUCAACCAGGCUGGGCCUUCAACACAGUUCACAGGAGGAAUCCUGGGCGAUGCGGCGGCUGCAGGAGGUGGGUACGCUACCGGCACGACUGUCAAGGUGGGAGGUCUGCUGGGCGAGCUGCAGGCUUCUUCGCCGACGACCGAAUCGUCGAACGCCCACGCUAUCAGCAAGCGCGACAUCGACGCUACGGGCAACGAGCGUCUCCAUGACCCCAACAGCAGCGGCCGCCGCAACGACGCUAGCGACAAUGGCAAAAGGAUCGACAAGCGCGGCACCAAGCUGACCGGCAUGCAGAUCGGCGGCUUCGCCAUGGUAAUCGGCGGCAUCGUCGGCGAUCUGAUGGUGGCACAGAGCCAUCGCCGGGAGCCUGUCCCGCUCGUCACGCCCAACAACAAUGCCAAGGGACCCGUGCCCCGCCUCGCAGCGUCAGUGCAGUCGGCCGUCGCCGCACCUGCGGCUAUGGCCUCGCAGCAGCAAUGGCAGAUGGCGUCGCCCUCGACCACCUUUACGGGUGGCCUGCUCGGCGAAAACGCAGGCUCUGCUGCCUUUGGCGGUCUAGCUUACCAGAAGCGAGACGACGCCGCUCUCCACGGCCAACGCAAGAUCGAGCAUGGCCCCGGCGACCACACCCUCGUCAAGCGGGCGGUGGCCGCCGUCGUCGAAGGUGCCGAGACACUCGCGCCCAAGGUCCUCACGACGCUUUCCGGAGAUCUGCUUGGCGGCACGGCGGCGCGAGUAGCUGGCACGGCGGCAACGGACGCAGUCGCCACUGCCGCGACCAGGGAGGCGGCGACCCAGGGCUCCAGCCUGCUCGCCCAGGAGGCGAGCGAAUCUCUGGCGCUCAAGAACGCCGAGCUGGCCAAGCAGCUCCAGGCGGCGCAGAAGGGAUCGUCGGGCGGCGGCACGAUGAACACGCUCAUGACGGCGGGCAGCUUUGCGCCCAUGGCCUUGCCGCUUCUCAAGGGCGGCGAGGGCGGCGCCUCUGCGGCCGCACGCGGCGCAGGCCGUCUCGGAGGCAAGCUGGCGGUAGGUGCAGCCGACGACGCAGCGGGCGCCACCCGGGCCGCUAGUGGCCUGCAGCCGUUCAGCGAUCGGGGCACCCUCUUUUCGAGCGGCCUCAACGCCAAUGCCUUCACCAAUGCUCGGGGCCUCGCCGGUGGCCACGCUGGCGGCAUGGGCGGCGGCGGCCCCGGUGCCGGUGCUGGCGGCUUCAGCUUUGCUCCCUCGUCGAGCGUCCUCAACGCGGGGGCAAGCCGUGGUGUCGAAGGUGCGGCGGCUGGAGAAGCGAAAGCUCUGACGGGAGGUGGGGACGCGAGGUCGCUCCUCCCGCCGCAGCAGCGGGCUGCGCUCGAGAAGAAGCUGACGGACAAGCACAAUGCGCUGGACAUCAUGGGCACCGCCGGCGUCAUUGGGUUUGGGAUCGCCGCCACGGGACGUUGA